AGUAAGCUUGCAACUAGCGCGCAAGUAGCCAGCAACUCGCGGAACCAGUAGCCAUGCGGGUGCUGUUUGCUCGCGCGGUGCGCUACCUGGCGCUCCUGCGCGGACACAGCGACUUCGCGCACAGCGCCGCCGGCGCCUACCCGCUGUACCGCGGCCCAUACGUGUACGGCUAUCCGUACGCGCCGUACGGCGGCAGUACACCGGCCGCCGCCGGCGGCGUCGCCGCCAAGCUUGCGUCGUUGUCGGUGCCGCCGCCAGGCGGCUCCGCCGCCGCCGCGGCGGCGGCGUCGCUGACGGGGCCGGCGGCUGUGGCCGCCGCCGACGCGACGUGGCUGGCGCGGCGGGUGCACGGCACGGGGCGGGUGGUGGCGCGGCGGGCGUACGCUACGCUGAUGGCGGUGCUGGUAGCGAUUGGGGCGACGGCGCUGGCCAGUGCGACGGAUGCGGCGGCGGGCCUGGCGGCGGCGGCGCCGCGCACGCUGCGCACGGUGCUGUGGGCGGUGCGGGCGUCUCUCAGCUACAAGCGCUUCCAGGCCUCCUGCUACGGUACAGACACGGAGAAGGAUGAGGGCUACAUGGAGGCGCUGAGUCAGCUGCACACCUACUGGGCCAACAAGCUGCUGGAGGUGUGCCGGCGCAACGGCGGCGUGUAUGUGAAGGCGGGCCAGUUCGCUGCGGCGUUCGGCGGCGUGCCCCGCGAGUACCGCACAGUGCUGGCGCAGCUGGAGGACCGCGCCGUGCCCAGGCCCUACCGCGCAGUGCGGCGCGCUCUGGAGCGGGAGCUGGGCGGCCGCGCCCGGGUGGCCGCCACCUUCAUCUCCUUCGACCGCCGCGCCACCGCCGCAGCCAGCCUGGCGCAGGUGCACCACGCGGUGCUGGCGGACGGCAGAGAGGUGGCGGUCAAGGUGCAGUACCCGGGCCUGGCGGGCUCGGUGGCGGCGGACCUGUGCGUCAUGUCGGCGCUGGCUCGGGCGGCGGGGGCGCUGUUCCCCACCAUCCGGCUGCACUGGCUGUACGAGGAGCUGGCGGCCAAGCUGGAGGUGGAGCUGGACUUCAGGAAUGAGAUCCGCAACAGCAACCGCUUCCGAGAGGUGCUGGCGGCGGCGGGCGAGUCCGGGCGCGUGCGUGUGCCGCAGCUGCACGAGCACCUGUGCAGCAGCAAGGUGCUGGUCAUGGAGUGGAUUGCGGGCGCCAAGAUAACGGACGUGGAGGCGCUCACGCGCCAGGGCAUCAACCCGCGCCUGGUGGGCCGCCAGCUGUGUCGGCUGUUCGGCGAGCUCAUGUUCCUACAGGGCUAUGUGCACGGCGACCCGCACCCGGGCAACCUCAUGGUGCGGCCCAAAGGCCGGCCCAGCUGGCUGCGCUGGCUGUUCCGGGGCACACGGCGCGGCUUCGAGGUGGUGGUGCUGGACCACGGCACAUACCUGGAGGUGGAGCCGGAGCUGCGGCAGCAGUUCUGUCAGCUGUGGUGCGCCGUGGUGAUGCAGGACGAGGCCACACAGGCCGACAUCUCCACGGCCAUGGCGGGCGAGGCGGGCGGCCGCAUCCUGCCGCUGCUGCUCACCCAGCGCGCCCGCAACCGCGCGGAGGAGGCGGCGCUGCGGGCGCGGCUGGGCAUACGCGGCUUCGGCGACAUGACGGCGCUGCUGAGCGCGGUCAGCAGGCACCUGGUGGACCUGCUGAGGGUGGUGACGGUGAUUCGCGCCUCCAGCGCCGCACUGGGGGUCACCAUGCCUGAGCGACUGCGCAUCUACUCGCAGGUGGCUGCCAAGGGACUCCCGCCGCGGCGGCCCAACGGCAAGCGGCCAACCUUCUACAUCCACAAGUCCUUCACCUCCGCCGCCUACCGCGCCAAACUGCGCGCGGUGCUGCUGGGCCUGGGGCUGUACGCCUGGGGCAGCAGCCUGCUGGGCCGCACCUGGGACGCACUGCUGUCGGUGUUUGGGGAGGCGCUGUUCGAGUAGCGCGGGUGGUGGGGUGGAGAGAGAGGGGCGGGAGAGGGGGAGAGACAGGAAGAAGAGGGGCAGGAGGGGCAGGAGGAGGGGCUGGAGGAGGGCAGGAGGAGAGGGAGGAGGAGUUAUUAGGGCUCGAGGGACAGGAGGAACAGUAGGAGCAGCAGGCGCAGUAGGUUACCGGGUUAGGUGUGCUGACGUCGCGGGUCUACGGACCGACUGUGAGGUGGGCUUGUCCCAUGCGAGGGAAACCACAUGUCUUGUCCCUUGAGAGAGUGGGGGUGUAUGUGUUUGCGAGUAGGUGCGUGCAAUGGAAAUAGCUUGUGGACUCUGGUCGGGACGACGUGUUGGAAUAGGGUGAGCAGAGCUGUUGCGCCCGUGCCGUGAGUCGUGAGAUGUGGCGGGCAAUUGUGUGUGCGUGUGCGUUUUCACGACUGCCGGCUGAGCCAGCCGCUUGAUACGUUGUACAGCAGUACAGGGUAGGACAGGUUGGAUGACGCAGUGGCGGUUGCGGUGCCGGGGGCUUGCAGCGCGGGUGCGGGCAAAGCAGCACUGUGCUUGAGAGUUGAGAGCGGGGAGGGCAGGGGAGGGCACACUACUUGAUGGAACGUUUGUCAUGGAAAUGCACUGCGAUUGCCGCAGUCAGUUGUGAAGAGUCAUGGGGGGUUGUUGAUGAGGGAGAGAUGAUAAGGGGGCAUCACCGGAGCGAGAAUACUGAUUUGAGAGUAGCACUGACUUAAUGCGAUUUAGGGCACGGGGGGCCUGACGGUUGGAAACACAUAGUAGUCUAGCACAGCGAAAUUGGCUGCGUGUCACUCCGGGGCCUGGGGGCCUGUACCUUUUAGAUAGCGGGGCCGACAGCCAUAGUCGGGAUCCUGGUUUUUGGCAAGAGCCGGAAUAGAGGCUCCUACGCUUUCCUGCCCCUUGCCAUUUCCAUCACGAGAGGCUAGUAGUGGCCCAAAUCUCUGCCCUAGAAGGCCGAGUUAACAAUAUGUCGUUCAAGGCUUCGUCUUAGAAAGCAGCGACACCAGUGCGGAAUUGGCGAAGGUCACCUCGUUU